CAUCAGAAUGGGUGUCCAAGAAAAGGUGGUUCUAUUGUUAUUAUUCUAUACGAUAACGUGUGUGGUGAUCUGUAUGCCUAGAAGUUUUAGCCAGUCAUCACUAACGAAGUAUUUGAGUAAUUCAAAGCAGACAGAUGUGUGCGAUGCUCCAAAACGUGUAGCACUUCCAUUGGGUAAGCUGAAGAAAGCAAAACGUAUAAAAUACCGACCAUAUCAUACACUCAAAAAUAAUAUAAGGGCUGAAACGCCGAACAAAAUGCUCAGCCAACCUGAAGCAGCAUAUCCAUUAAAAACAAAAAAAUAUUUCAACAUCCCAGAAUCGUUCUCCGAUAAUAAUGGCGUCAAUAAUUAUAAUCCAUCAUCAAAUAAAACUGCUUUAUUUCCGACACUUAAAAAGUACAAAAAACAAUUGAAUAAAAACAAAGCAAAUCACACAGAGAAUAUCAACAAAGAUGUUCCUAAGAUUUCACCGGGACGCAAAUCUGAUUUUGAUGCGUUUUGUUUUAAAGAUAUCGGAACAUUCCCAGAAGUUGAAUAUCCCAUUUUUGUAUCAGAGACGUGGGCACCAAAAUUCUGGAAUAAUCAACCCUUUUAUGAGAAGAAAAAAGAUGAUAACACAAGUAAUUUACUAUUCUCUUUAACGAAUUCAUUGCAUAAAAAUGGUAACUCUAAUAAAACUGUGGCAUCUACUUCUCAGGACAAAAGUACAACAUGCAAACUAACAAAAGCUGAUAAGCCUAAAAUUUCAACACCUUAUAGUUCUGAUGAGGCUAACAAAGCAUCUACAACACAUUUAAUUCCAUUAUCUGAAAAUACCCUUGUCCCUGCUAGUGAUCUUCUCGUACCGUCGAUCAAUAACUUUAAUUCUAAAUCUGAUGCUUUACCAGAUGCCGUCAAUAAUGUGGUUCCCACAGCUGAAACUUCACCAAAUUUAACUGAUGUUCGUUCUGAAUCACCUGAAAGCUGCGAAGAUCCUGAAAGUGAUGUUUCUCUAGUCCCAGUCAAUAACUUGGAUUCGAAAUCUGAUAAUGUACUACCUGUCAAUAAUUUUAGUCCCAUAGCUGAGACUCCCUCAAUAUUUGAUGUUAUUUCUGUAUCUGAUAUCAAUGAAGCAUUAGGUACAGUUGCAAGUGAUGUUCUUGGUUCUGUCAGUGAUAUUCCCACCACUGAUAAAUACGCUCUUCCAACAUCUGCAGAUAAUGCUGAUCCUACCAAUGACGCCUCGCCUACGAAUCCCACAACGAAUACUCCUUUAAGUGCUAUCAGCACAGCUGUUCAUAAUACUGAUACCCUGUCUUCCGUCUGCUGCUCUGAAUAUGCAAAUGAUAUUCGGCCGGCCCCAGUCAGUCCUGUUGUUUCUACAGCAUAUAUUUUGCCAGCGUUUAUUUCUAUAAAUGAAACCAUAACAACCCCUAGCAACAGCGUUAAUCUUACACCUGAUACUUCACCAGUUCCUGUCAGUCCCUUGGUUUCAUUCACUGAUUCUCUUCCAACACUAGUUCUAUCGAAAUCUGAAGAUACCGUUGUUCCUUCGACUGAAGCUCUUCCAACAUCUCUGGAUAACUUUUUCCCUUCAUAUGUUGAAAUUCCAUCGCCUACUACAGAUAUUGUUCCCUCAUCAGAGACUCUUUCUGAACCUGUUGAUAGCAACGUUCCUUCGUUUGAAGAUCCUAUUAUUUCUAUUAUUGAUGCUCUUACAAUACCUGCUUAUACCGUUGUCCCUAUAACUGACGAUUUUCCAACACUGGACGAGAGCGACGUUACUUCUUCUAAAGAUCUUCCAACACCUGUAGAUAGUGGUGUUUUGUCGACUGAAACACUUCCAACUCCAAAUGAUUCCAAUGCCCUGUCAAAUGAUGACCUUUCAACACUAGCUGUUGAUGACGAUGUUUUUUUAAUUGACGCUUUCCCAACAAUAAAUAAAAAUAGCAUUUUAUCUUCAAUGGAUGCUUUUUCAAUACCUGAGAAUAGAAUAAUUUCUUCAACUGAUGACCUUCCGGGAUCUGGUGAUAGCGAUCCUUCAUCUGACAUUUCAACACCUGUGGAUAGUGUUACCUCUUCAACGGAUAGUUCAAUACCUGUUGAUGAUAUUAUGCCAUCAACUGAUAUACCUUUUACUCCAGUCUUUAGUAGUAAAACUGAUAGAAUCCUUUCAACUGAAGUUAAUCCAUCUUCUGAAGAAGAUAGAAUUCCUUCGUCUGACGAUUGUUCUUCACCAAUUAGUAGUUCAGAACCACCAAUUAGUGCUAUUCCUAUUUCUGAUGAUCGAUCAAAUGCGAAAUUAUCAUCAACACCACUCAAUAUUGUAGAUAUUCCAGUAGCUUCAGCACUUACUGAUUUUGAUGGGAGUAACUCAAAUUUGAAUGAAGAUAUGUUUUUUCAAGAUAUUACAAAGAGCCGUUAUUUGGAAUCCGAUAAUUUGAAGAAGAUAUUUGAUGAUAAAAAUUCAAAGGAAAUUUUAGAAAAUAACUGGAUAUGUGAUGAAAUUAUUCCAUUUCCAAAUGAAGAAAAUUGUGAAUUUCCUACCAAUAACGAAAUCUAUAAUAUGAUAACAAAAAAUAACUACGAAGACCCAAUUAACUAUAAUAAUGGAACUAAUGCAUGCGAGUUUUCUGAUUCUAUCACAUCAUCAGAUUUAACGCAUAGUUCUUAUGUUGAUAAUAAUAAUCACAAGUAUUUUUACCAUUCUAAUAAUCUUGAAGAAAGUGAUGAUGUGAGAUAUUCAGAUCGGACAACUGUGUCUCCAUUUGAGUACACAUCAGAUAUCAACAGUUAUUCAGAUAACGAAAGGGACAAUUUUUCACCAGUUUCUACCGAUGCAAUUAUAGAAGAAAGUAACAUUUUAAAUGAUAAUAUUCCUCCAGACUAUGUAUUUAAAACAACUUUAUCUGACGAAAAUGAUUACUCUGAUUAUACAACAGAGUCACCGUAUAACUAUGAAUUAGACAGUAACCAGACAAAUAAUAUUCCCUUACUAAUAGAUGAUGGUACAGAAGAAAAUAUAUUUUAUAAUAAUUAUGCUCAAGCUGACUAUAAUACUAUGCAUGUAUUAGAAAGUGAUACUUUUGAUAAUCUAAAUCCUACAAACCUUCCGGAGAAAAACAAUAUUUCAGACGAAAAAAAUUCAAUACCGUCUAAUUUAUCAUCAGCAACAGACUUCAAUAAUGAUUUGAGAGACGAAAAAGAUAAUUUUACUCAUAUACCUCUUGAACGAAUGACUGAAAAUAACUAUAGAAAUGAAUCUGAUUCUGCUGCAAAUAUAAAUCCACAUUCAUCUUCAGAGGAUGUUGAAAAUAUGGAUGUAACUCCAAUUGACCUAACAAAUGAUCAACAAAUACCAGAGUCCAUAAUUCCAUUGCCAAUUCCUGAAAAUAUAUUUACACAUAGUGGUUCAGAUGUUUUCACCAAUGCAGAAGCAACUAUGGAAUCUCCAAUGCCAAUAUUUGAGUACAUAAACAGUGAAAGACCUGAUGAUAAUAACAAAUACGAUAAUCAAAUUUCACACAUGCAAGUUCAGCCAUAUAUGUCCCCAGAACUUUAUGACCCAUACACCUCAAAAGCAAUGGCGCAUGAAAAUCCUGUUUUCCCUGGAAGUGAUAAUUUUAUGAUACCAUCAUUUUUCGCUAAAGCGAUUGAAUCUCCUAGGCUUCAAACCUUAGACGUUAUGUUACUCAAUUUUAAGUUUGACUAACACAAGUACUUACUAUUAUGGUGAAAGUGAGUAGUAAUAGUAACUCAUGGCAGACAGGCGAAAUGUGAAAUGGUCAUGAAAAUAAAUUACCAUGUUCGUAGGCGUGUGUUUACCCUCGUAGAAUUAUAAUUAUCAUUCAAGUCAACAGGCGUUAGUGAUUUUACUGGUCUGCCAAGACUUACUUACAAACCUAUGUAAUAAUUUAAAUUAUGUACACUAUAAAAUUGUAUUAUUUUUUGUAAGUAGGUACAUUUUAUUUAUAUUUUUUAUUGAUGCUGCGUACAUCACAAUAUUUCUCUAUCGUUAACGUCAAUACAGUUAUUUUUUAUUAAAUAAAUACGUAAAUUGUAAUAUGCUAAUACAAAUUAAGUAUUUGUUUGUUGAUUAUUGUAUUAUAUAAAAAUAGGAGCUCCGGGCAAUAGUUAGAACACAAAGAUCGAAUAUAGUUAUAUAAUCAUAUUUAUGUAGUUUAUUUUGUAUGCAGAUUAUUUAAUUGUCUAAUAAUAAUUAAAUAAUAAUUAAUUUGCGAAGUUUAUUUUAUUGUAUUACUUUUCUUGCGUCGUAAUGUUUUAGCAUUAAAUUCGCCAUUUAUUUGAAAGCAUGUUUUAAAGUAUAUGUUAAAAGAUAAUAAUUACGUAUAAUAAAUAAAUACAAGAAAAUGUUGUAACUUACAA